AUGACCUCCACUGCUACCUCCACCACGGAGCCCACACUCGACUUCUACAGAAAGGCCCUCAACUACAACGUCAUCGGCAGAUACGACCCGAAGAUCAAGCAGCUGCUCUUCCACACGCCACACGCUUCCAUCUACAAAUGGGACUUCAACAAGAACGAGUGGAACAAACUGGAAUACCAGGGCGUCCUCGCGAUCUACCUCCGUGACAUCUCGCAGGGCGGCGACCUCUUCAAUUUCGAAACAUCAAUGACCGAAAACAACAACAACACCUCCGCAAGCAUCAACAGCAACAACACCAACAACUUCCACCCCAGAGAUAAGGACCUCACCGUCUUGACGGGCAAAGAUAUAUAUAACUAUGGACUCAUAUUGCUGAACAGGAUAAACCCGGACAAUUUCUCCAUGGCCAUCGUCCCCAAUAGCGUCAUCAACAAGAGGAAAGUCUUUGAUGCCAUUGAUGACGGCCAUAACCCAUUGGAAUGCAUGGGCGUGGAAGUCAAGGACGAUCUGGUCAUUAUUAAAAAUUUGAAACAUGAAAUCUACGGGAUUUGGAUCCAUACUGUCGCAGAUAGACAGAAUAUUUACGAAUUAAUUAAAUACUUAUUGGAGAAUGAACCACAGGAUUCAUUCGCAUAG